UUUAUUUACAUUAUACGAGUGAAAGUUCCCUUCCCUCCAUUUUAAUCUUGGUCGUGGCUAGAGUUUCGUACCCGGUUCGUCAAAUGUCAAAGAACAGGAUAACCUCAAAAAACUCAAUUCUUUAGUUGGGGAGGGAGCUCCAUUUAUUUUGUGAUAUUGUGAGGUUUUGUGAAAUUGUUCAUCGAUUGUGAAGCUUGGUAAUUUUAUUUUAAAAUGGGCCCACCGAAGCGAACUGGAUUCAAAUCCGAAAAGGGUUCUAAGAAGAGAAGGAAAGAUGAAGAAGAUGCAUGGGCCCCAGAUGAGGAAGAUCUAACAGAAGGUGAGGAUGCGUCUGUCCCAGGAGCAGCGGCCAGGGAUGCUGAGAAAAAUGAUGAAAAAGUACAAGAAGAUGAAUUUGGAGCAAAAGACUACAGGGCUCAAAUGAUCUUAAAGCCAGACAAUGCCUCAAGACCAUUAUGGGUUGCUCCCAAUGGACACAUAUUUUUGGAGUCUUUUUCUCCUGUUUACAAGCAUGCCCAUGACUUUUUGAUUGCUAUAUCUGAGCCCGUUUGUAGACCUGAGCAUAUUCAUGAGUAUAAACUCACAGCUUAUUCAUUGUAUGCUGCUGUUAGUGUUGGUCUACAAACUAAUGAUAUUAUUGAGUACCUUAAACGCUUAAGCAAAACAAGUGUUCCAGAUGGUAUCAUUGAAUUCAUUAAGUUAUGUACCCUGUCAUAUGGAAAAGUCAAACUAGUCUUAAAACAUAACAAAUACUUUGUUGAGAGCCCUUUUCCAGAGAUUCUACAAAAAUUACUUAAAGACCCUGUGAUACAAGAGUGCAGAUUAAGAAGGAAUGUAGAGGGUGAAUCUGAGGAAGGAUUUAUAACACAAGUCCAAGAUAAAAAGAAUGUUCCAUCUUUUGGUGCAAAACCAGGGGCUUCAUCAGAGACCAAUGCAGAGGGUACCACUGUGCCAGAUGAUAUCACAAACUUCUAUGAAAAAAUGGAUAAUGAAGAGGAUGAAGAAGAUACCAGUCUCCAGACUGUAUCUUUUGAGGUAAAUCAGGAAAAAAUUGAGGUAAUUCAAAAAAGAUGUAUUGAGUUAGAGUACCCCUUGUUGGCAGAGUAUGACUUUAGAAAUGAUACAGUCAAUGCUGAUAUUAAUAUAGAUUUGAGACCAUCAGCAGUUCUCCGACCUUACCAGGAAAAAAGUUUAAGAAAAAUGUUUGGAAAUGGUAGGGCAAGGUCUGGGGUUAUUGUAUUGCCUUGUGGAGCUGGUAAAUCUUUGGUUGGAGUGACAGCAUGUUGCACAGUUAGAAAGAGAGCAUUGGUGUUGUGUAACUCUGGUGUAUCUGUAGAACAGUGGAAACAACAGUUUAAAAUGUGGUCUACAGCUGAUGAUAGUAUGAUUUGUAGGUUUACUUCAGAAGCCAAAGAUAAGCCAAUGGGUUGCAGCAUCCUAGUUACAACAUACUCCAUGAUUACACAUACACAGAAAAGGUCUUGGGAAGCCGAGCAGACCAUGAAAUGGUUGCAAGAACAGGAAUGGGGUAUUAUGGUUUUAGAUGAGGUACAUACAAUCCCUGCCAAAAUGUUCCGUAGGGUCUUAACUAUUGUGCAGUCACAUUGUAAAUUAGGUUUGACAGCUACGUUAUUGAGAGAGGAUGAUAAAAUUGCUGACUUGAACUUUUUAAUUGGACCUAAAUUAUAUGAGGCUAAUUGGCUUGAAUUACAGAAAAAAGGAUUUAUUGCUAGGGUUCAGUGUGCAGAAGUUUGGUGUCCCAUGACCCCAGAAUUUUACAGAGAAUACCUUGUAUGCAAGACCAGCAAAAGACUGUUAUUAUAUGUGAUGAAUCCCAACAAAUUUAGAGCCACCCAGUACCUAAUAAGGUAUCACGAAAGACGUGGCGAUAAAACCAUUGUCUUUUCCGAUAACGUGUUUGCUUUGAAACAUUACGCGCGAGAACUGCACAGGCCGUACAUUUACGGACCCACCACACAAACUGAACGUAUACAGAUAUUGCAAAACUUCAAAUUUAAUCCUAAAGUGAACACGAUUUUUGUGUCUAAAGUAGCAGAUACCUCGUUUGAUUUACCGGAAGCGAACGUGCUAAUUCAGAUUUCAUCUCACGGAGGUUCUAGGAGGCAGGAGGCUCAACGAUUAGGUCGUAUUUUAAGAGCUAAAAAGGGAGCUAUUGCAGAGGAGUAUAAUGCGUUUUUCUAUACGUUGGUGUCACAGGAUACAAUGGAAAUGAAUUACUCUCGAAAACGUCAAAGAUUCUUAGUGAACCAAGGUUACAGUUACAAAGUGAUAACCAAACUGGCCGGUAUGGAAAACGAGCCGGAUAUGGCUUAUAAAACCAGAGAACAACAAGGGCAAUUGCUACAACAGGUAUUAGCAGCAAGUGAUAUAGACUGUGAAGACGAGAAAAUACCGGGCGAAGGCGGUCCGAGGGCAGGCGCUAAUAGACGGGCAGGUCAAAUGGGCUCGAUGUCCGGGGCAGACGAUGCCGUUUAUUAUCAGUUUAAAAAUUCGAAUAACACAAAUAAGCAUCCUUUGUUUAAGAAGUUUCGGUAUUAGGAUUAUUUGUGAUUGUACCAAAUACUUUUUGUUAUACUUAGAAGCAUGUGUUAUUAUUUUAAAAAGGAAAAUACUGAAAUAUAUUUCGUUUUUUUUUGUAAGAAAA